AUGCACAAUUCGAAAGAGGACCUCGACAGAUUCUAUUCGAACACUCCGAAGCACUCUCACUCGAGAGGUCCCUCCAGGUACGGUCCCCAUCCAUUUGCUUCGUGUCCGACAGUCUCUUUUCAGCAGUAUCACGAUCCCUCCGCAUGGAAUCAUUCCUGCCGUUUAUCACAUUGACACUGGCGACUAUUACAGUCAACCGCACGCCCAUGACUCUCCCCCGGACUCGUCUGGCAUCCACAAAUCCGUCAAAAUCGUCUUCGUUCUCAUGGUUCUCACCGUUCUCCUCGUUGGAUUCGUUUUUGCUACUCUUUCAGUCACUCGAAUUGCUAAAACUUAAAAUGCAAUAUUUUUGGUUCUAAUUUCUGUAAAAUUCCCGUUCUUCACUGUCAAAUAAAUAUUCUUCCGUGCCGUCUGCAAUAUGAUUUUAAUUGCCGCGGAAAGUGUUUCCAACAACACUCCGAAAUACCGCACUGCGCGCUGUUUAGCAGAAAUUUCAUUUUGUGACGUGUCGUGAGGAAAAUUCUGAUUUCCAGCGAAAAAUUCGUGUUUCAAUGCAUUUUUCUUGAAUUCAUAUCAUCUCCUUUUGAUUAAUUAUUAUUUUCCAGGUAAAAACUGACAAAAUGAACACACUGACAUGGAUUCUGACAGUAUUGCUCGCUACACCCGCCGCUUCCUACUUCUUUCACGUCGAUGCUAACGAGGAACAAUGCUUUUUUGACCGAUUGACGUCCGGAACCAAGAUGGGACUGAUGUUCGAAGUGGCAGAAGGAGGAUUUCUCGAUAUCGACGUCAAGGUACUACUUUUUAUCGAAAUAUUAGCUAAUAUUAGCUAAAAUUCGCAGAUUACUGGUCCGGACAACAAGGAAAUUUACAAGGGAGAGCGCGAAUCAUCCGGAAAGUUCACUUUUGCUGCUCACAUGGACGGAAUCUACACCUACUGCUUCGGAAACAAAAUGAGCACGAUGACUCCGAAGGCCGUCAUGUUCACCGUCGAAAUCACGGAGCCGCAUCAACAAGCACCGGGAGCCGCAACCAAUCAGGAUGCCGGUGAGUAUUUAUUCAGUUUUUGAAUGAAAAUAACUGGAGAAUAAGCGGAUUAAUCUUUUUUGUAAAAAAAUGUCAGAAAAGUGCAAGAAAAUCUUGCUAUUACUCUGUACAAAAUCAUACCUUUCCAGCGGACAACGCCAAACUGGAGGAGAUGGUCCGUGAAUUGUCUUCGGCUUUGAUGUCCGUCAAACACGAGCAAGAAUACAUGGAAGUCAGAGAGCGAGUUCACAGAAACAGUGAGUUUCCCAAGUUAGAUAAAUUGAGUAUUCGAACCAUUUUUUUCAGUCAAUGAGAACACCAACUCGCGCGUCGUCAUGUGGGCCGGUUUCGAGGCUUUCGUGCUCGUCGGAAUGACUGUCGGACAAAUCUUCUACCUGAAACGAUUUUUCGAAGUGCGAACGAUGGUCUAA